ACUUCCCUCCCCCUCGGUGGUUGCAACAUCAUAUCCAAAGCUCUGCGUCCACAACCGCAGUCGCCUUUUACGCACCAGCGAGUGGAGAAUAGUGCAGGAGACCAGCUCUCCUUUUGCCUGCUUUGCUCAUAUAUAUCCUAACUCUUGGACUUAACGUUUACUCAAGAUUUGUGGAGCUACUUACUUGCUCGGACUGGACUAUAUCCUGCGCGCAAUCGUCGUGCGCAAUGAAGAGAUGAGAAUUCUAUCCUGAAACUACAUACUGCUAAAUGCUGCUUUAAAAGUGAAGACGUGCGAGGCACAAGCCUACACAUGGAGUCCAGGGUUCCCCAUCACAUCCCCGGAGUGUCCUCCACCCUCAUAUCCCAGCCCCUGCUGGACAGUCAAGUGCCCUAUGGUCGUCUGCAGCACCCUCUCACCAUCUACCCCAUCGACCAGAUAAAGUCUUCGCAUGUGGAGAACGACUACAUUGACAGCCCCGCUGUUGUCUCCCAGCAGCCCCUGAGCCAGAAGUCUGUCAACCGAAGAAUCACCUGGCUUGGCCAGAAUCAGGAGGCCUUCCUGGGGGCAAACCACAACCAUCACCACAACCACCAACACCAGCAUCACCAGCAGGGCAGGUGCGAUCCCCACCCUCACCAGGACACCACCACCCACCCUUGGAUUUCCUUCAGUGGGAGGCCCAGUUCUAUCAGCAGCAGCAGCAGCACCUCGUCUGAUCAGAGGCUGCUGGACCAUGCUGCGCCUACCCCAACAGCGGACAACCACCCAAGCAUGCACCUCCCCCAGGGUCCUGUCAACACAAUCACCACCCGAUCUACAGGCUCCUUCACCUCUGAAUCGAAAAUCCUCACCUCCUCUUCCUCUGCUUCCUCCUGUUCCUCUUCUAAAACUCUGGAUCUCAAAUCUGCAAAGAUGCCAGCAGUAGGUGUGUGCACCACUGGAGGUCCACAGGGGUUGGCGCUGAUCCCCUCCUCCCCAGCUGAGAAGAAGCACCUCCUUCUCUGUGAGCACUGCGGGAAGUGCAGAUGCACAGAGUGUACACUCCCGCGAACCCUACCCUCUUGCUGGGUCUGCAACCAGGAGUGCCUGUGCUCUGCUCAGAGCCUGGUGGAUACAGCCACCUGCAUGUGCCUGGUCAAAGGGAUCUUCUACCACUGCACCGAGGAUGAGGAUGAUGAGGGCUCUUGUGCUGACAAGCCCUGCUCGUGCUCCCAGGCCAACUGCUGUGCGCGCUGGUCCUUCAUGGCUGCCCUUUCCAUUGUCCUGCCUUGCCUGGUCUGCUAUCUGCCAGCUACAGGCCUGGCCAAACUGGGACAGAAGUGUUACGACAAUGUAAGCAGGCCCGGCUGCCGCUGCAAGAACUCACAGGGUGGACUGAGUGCCCCAGCAUGUAAAAAUGGAGGCGUGGAAGCAAAAGUUGGGACGCUAGAGAAGCAGCAGCAGGGGUCAUGAUACUGGACCAAACUGGCUGGCAGUAGCCUUGCUUAAAAUGGACAGGACCACACAGUACUUGCUUGCUCUCUAUGGAUAGGACAAUCCAACACCGACCCCUUAAACUACCCCAUAAAUCUGCUGGAAUACGACUUAUGUAAAACAAAGGUACUUAAAUGGCUUCUUGACCUAUGUUUGUUAGAGUGGAUGAUCAAAAGAGGCCUGAUCGGAGAUAAUUGGCUGGCUAGCUAACAGCCCCUCUGAGAUGUUAUUUUUCUUUGUAAGGGUGCCACAAGAAGAGACUAGAUUGUGGGACUGGUGUUUGUAUCGUUUUGCAAAGAUGGCCGAAGGCACAAAGUUAUUGUACCUCUCUGCUGCUCUCUAUUUCACACCUAAUUAUGUAACCGACCAGAAGCUGGUUGCUGAUCCAUGGAGAUAAAUAUCUGUACGCCCCCCAUCCCCCCACCCCCAAAAGCACAGCCCAGUGUCCCUCUGUCUGAACAAACAUGAAAACAAGUGAUUACCUAUACUGUGGCUUCAUAAUAGGCAACUGUAAGAGUGAAACCACCACUUACUCACUUACUCUCUCUACUAUUAUGAUGAUCACCAUCUUUUAGUGUCACCAUUUUUCCUCUUUUAGCUUAAAGAUGCUACCCUGGUAAUGCUAACAUUUUAUCUCUACGUUCAUAGAGAUAAUAAGAGGGAUAAUCACUUUACAAGGUGUUUCCUAUUUUUUUGUGGGAGGGUGGGGGGGGUGAAGCUAAAUUCUAAAAGAUUUUGAAUGCUGUCCACCAAUCACAUCUGAGGUAAUGCAUGCCAUGACCUGCAUGCUCUAGUCUAAUGGUCACCCAUCGUGCUAGAAGUCAAAGUGUCGUAGAGAAAUGUGUUAAAAGAAAUACCCCCAACCUUCUCAGGGACUGUUACAGUAAUCCUCUCUCGAACUUGGUCUACAGCAUGUUAAUUUAUAAAACUGCCUAAGAGCCUGGUCUACUUCCUCUUUGCACAAGAAGGCAAAGAAACAUUUUAGGGGCGAAAAAGGCAAUAGUGAAUAAUUUAAAACCCAAGUAAGCUAAGUGAGAGACAAACUGGCCAGAAAAUAAUGUGUCCAGAGGAGAGGGGAUGCAAGUGAUAAAAGAGCAAAGAUGGGUAGAGAAGGCAUAGCUAAGUUGCUGUUGUGUUUGUAUCGAGUCAGCCUUUAUCAAAAUCAAACCUGCCACUUGCACAACCUUUUAAGGAAUAAGCAAACCCCUUAAAGGAUGUACUAAAGCACAGUAUUAACCACCUCAGCUAGCUCACAUUAAAUUUGUGUGCACUACAUUUACCACACAGCCUAGAACACCCCCACCCCCCACACACAGUGUCUUCAUUAAAUUCUAAUCAUUAUGCUGCAUAAUUGCAUUAAUCAGACACUCUGUCUUUAAUUCUUAAAAUCUAUUUUUUGUGGCCUGCAUGACUUUCUUAGGAUUUUGCCAAAGGAAGCUAGCAUACAGUAGCUUGUUUUUCACUGUCUGAGUGAUCACAGUUGUUACGCACUCUUGCCAAAUGGAGUCAAUGGCAGUUGGUUCUUAAAGGCAUGCUGCCCUUUAAUACAGAUGGCCUUUUCUGUUUGGCAUCAAGGCAUGCUGUCUUCGUUGCUCAACACACACACACAUACACACAUCUCGUUCAUGUCAGACCCCUGACCUCCAUUAGGGUGCCUAACUUUGCUCAUACCUGUAUUUGUUUUGUUGCACAAAACUGAAAUCACACAGGAAAAAUGGCAAGAAAAAAAAACACACACACUGUCCUUAGUCUUGAAUGUAUGAGGCAAUAUUUUCAAAACCUAGCAAUUCAGUCUGAGAGAAAGGUGCCAAAACUGGAGAAUGAUUAUGUGACUGGGCAAAAGCCCGGUAUCUGUAGGUGGGUGACAAAAAUCACAAAUGUUUUGACAAUAUAUUUAGUAAUAGAGCUAUGCAGGUGAAAUGUUAUUUGCUGUAAAUAGUUUCACAACAUUUGUGUUCUUUAGAAGAGACUUUUAAAUGUCCUUGAAAGAUUGCAUGGUACAAUAUAACUACAAUUCAGUACAAAAUAUAUAGAGAAUAUAUUAGAUAUAUAUUUUGAAGGUAAGAUGGUAUUGAGGUUGUGAGAAAAAGAAAAGAGGGAGGGCGGCGAGAGGAAGGUUCGGGAAGGGGUAACAAAAAAAUGACAGGUCUGUCUAUCGCUAGCAUUUGAUUUCGAAAAGUGUGCCGGGCAAUAAAAACAAAAAAGCUGUUUAUGCUAUCCAUGCUCAUUAGCAGUCAAGAGGCUAAGCUAAUUCCCCGAUUCCUCUCCGAGUCGUAAAGACUGUGGACUCAUUGAAUCCACACAGAGAACACAGUCUCCCCCUAUCCGGAUCAACCCAUUUCCUGCUGUUACUGCUUAGUGUCUGUUAGCUCUCUCCCCUCUUUUUCCCAUUCUUUCUUUUUUUUUUCCUUCCUCUCUUCCCUCCUUCCUCCCUGAGAAAUUGUCCAACAAACACCCCUGGCCUUGAUUGACAAACACAGCUGCUGUGCAUAAACUUGUCAUACCACAGAGACGGGAGAGAAAGACAAGUCUGUUUCUCCCUCUCUACCCUUUCUAACUACCCCCCCACCCCCCAACCUCUCCUCACCAGCUUUGUUUUUCUCUCAACUUGUGUUAUGUGCCAUCUUUUUAACCAGCGGACCUCUUUUUUUCAGCAGUCGCUGCCUUUCUUUUCUUUUGCCGCUCAGUUCUGUCGCCGCAAGCGUAACGUUCUUCAGUUUACAUUAGCUUUUUACUUUAUCUGUGCUCUCUUAGCCUGUUCAAGGUGUGGAAUAAUCGCCAACAACUACAAGUCAACAUUUAAAAACCUUUUUUUUUCUUUUUUCCCCCUUUGCUAGGAAACUGACUUUUCACACUCAUACGCCUUUGUGUCGCUCUUAUGCGGGCACUGAUUUGUUUUAUUUACAACCCAAACAAGACAGGAAGUCUGAUCCAGCUGGGUGAUGCUACUCCAUUCCUUUAUGCCUUUGCAUUGUCAGUGUUGGGGAUUAAGAAUGAGAUCUGUGCUUUUGUUUUGUUUAGAUAUAACAAAAAGAAAAAAAAUCUCUCAUAUAAAAUGUUCCCUUUAUAGAUAUAUUUAUUUUGAAGUUCUAUUUUAUAUAGUAUUUAUUUAGAUGCCAACUUUUUGUUUGUGAAGAAAGCUUAUGUCGAAAUGGAAUGUACAUUGACAAUGGAAAUAUAUAUUGUUAAAUAUA